GUCAUGGCCACCACAGCUUCGGCUCAUUACAUUCCGAGGAAUAACUCGCUCCAUUCUAACUCUUUGGUGCAUCCGGACUCUGACAGGAUGCAUCCAGGAACUACCUAUAGAGAAGUUCAGAAAAUGGUGCAAAAUGACUACUUGCAUGGGCUGGCCAGCAAUGGGCACCCCAUUACGCACAGCCACCAGUGGCUGUCUUCUGUCACUGACGGGACACCUUGGGUCACCGCUUCUCACCUCGGACAGCCAGACCCAGCAAAGGCAAACGUGCAGACAGCCAGGGAUGACCUUGGGAACAGCCUUCAUCACCGAACACAUCAUAUGGUCCAUCAACAGACUCAUGGCAACCAUCCUGGCGGCGCCUGGGGGCCGGCGGCAGCACAUCACAUCCCGGGAAUGCCACCUUCGACCAAUGGGCAUCAGCCCCUCAUUUACUCGCAGCCAGGAUUCACCAGCCUCAACAGCAUGCUGGGCCCUCAAAGCCAGUCUCUACACCAUGGCAUGACGGACGCUCUCCAUGAAGAUCCAGGUGGCCAUGACAACCACCAGCAGCAUCCUCCGCAGCAUCACCAGGACCACUCGGAUGAAGAUGCGCCCACGUCUGAUGACCUGGAGCACUUUGCAAAGCAGUUCAAACAAAGGAGGAUCAAGCUGGGUUUCACGCAGGCGGACGUCGGCUUGGCUCUGGGCACUCUGUACGGCAACGUCUUUUCCCAGACCACCAUCUGCAGGUUUGAAGCCUUGCAACUCAGCUUCAAAAACAUGUGCAAACUGAAGCCUCUCUUGAACAAAUGGCUGGAGGAGACUGACUCAACCUCAGGGAGCCCCACCAGCAUAGACAAGAUAGCUGCCCAAGGGAGGAAGAGAAAGAAGCGGACGUCCAUUGAGAUAGGGGUGAAGGGGGCUUUGGAGAACCACUUCUUAAAGUGCCCCAAGCCAUCAGCUCAUGAGAUCACCAGCUUGGCUGACAGUCUGCAGUUAGAGAAAGAAGUGGUCAGAGUUUGGUUUUGUAACAGAAGACAAAAAGAAAAGCGGAUGACCCCAGCCGGAAUCCCCGGCCACCCAGGGAUGGAGGAUGUAUAUUCACAAAGGGACACUCCGCCGCUUCAUCACACACUGCAGUCCCCUGUUCAAUGACUGUUCCAAACACACACCCACUUCCCACCAAGAAAAAAAGACUAAAAAAAUUAAACUGGAUUUUACAAAGCAAAAAAAAACUGUCUGAAAAGGGAUUUAGCCAGUGUUGCAGAGACUGUUUAGCACUGGGCUGUACUCAAGUUCAGCUAAGAGGGAGGACACACAUUUCAUGCAUUUCUUGUGGUAAAUCAAGUGGUUAUUUCCCCCUGCUGUAGAACAAAGCUUCCUCCCCCGUAAUUAAUUGACACGGAUAAUUUGCAAAAGUUGUAACAAAAAUAAUCGUUUUCUCUGCAGAAUUGUUUCAGGGGAUUCCUUAAGGCAGCGGUUUCUCUAAAAGGGUAAGCAAGAGUUGAGUUUAAGAGAAAAGUAAAAACUGCACCGGAUUGUCCGCAUACAGUCGCUGGUGUGUUAAAAGGCAGACCGCCGGUGGGGAAAAAAACGUAUAUUUAUUAUCUUAAACAGAUCUGUCACGAAUUUUAUUAAAACAAAUAUUUAUAUAUAGCUCACCCUCUGAGGAUGUGUCUUGUAAGUUAUGGACGCCGACAGAUCAAUUUUUUGACUCCUAUUUCUGUGAUUUUAAAUAAAUAUUCAAAUCGAUUCAUUAAGAAAAUGGUUUGGCAUCCCGGACAAAUUAGUGUCUUACAAGCAUCAGUUGCUGCUUAAAACGAACUCUAAUUUCGACUAUUCACGUUCUUGCGAAAUUUGCCCCAGAAAUUAUGAAAAUAUGUUGUCUUGUGAAAUUGUUUGAAACUGAAAGGGAGCUGUCAGUAAGGUUGAAGUUGGGAGGCCGUGCAAACGCUCUUGUCGAUUCUGUUUUACAAAAUAAGAUCGGGCAAGUUAAAACAAGUUUGAGAAAUCAAGGAAACUGACGUCAGUUAACAACUCUUUAAAAGGUGUCUUUAAAUGUAGGACCAGGCGGAAACACGUGAUUCUGGACCAGUCCUCAUCGCUAAGCCCUGGAUUCAGGUUCUG